AUGGCGCUGCUUUCACUGGCGCCUGCAGCCAUCUCGCGACCUAUCCCUAGACCCGCUAGAAAAAUUUUGUUCCGGUUGAGGAUCUGGAGGCCUCGGAAGGGUCGUAUCAGGCUUAGGCACUCGUUGUCUGCAGUAGAUGGAUCUCAUAAAAAUUCUACAGAAACAAUUUUGGGUCUUCUGAAUGCUCGCUCGGCUGUCAAUAAAGCGGCUCUCCUUCAUGACACCAUUGUCGACAAUGGCAUUAACAUGCUGGCACUUACGGAGACUUGGAUCUCAUCUGACGCACCCAAUGCAGUGAGGCUGGAUAUUGCCCCACCUGGUUUUUCUGUGGCACAUUAUCAUAGGCUUGAUCGGCGCGGUGGUGGCAUUUCUGUUGUAUACCGGGCGACAUUUCGACAUUCAGCGCUAGAUUUUGGUAUUUUCACAACGUUCGAACUGCUUGUCACCAAGCUCGUGUGCUCUGAGUCGGCUAUUAUUCUCGCCGUUCUUUAUCGCCCUCCUGGUCCGGCUGUUGAUUCGUUUUUUGAAGAACUGGAGACUUUGAUAAAUUACUUACAAUCAUCUUCAUAUUCCUUUAUAAUUUGUGGCGAUUUCAACUGUCCAGGUAGCGAGCGUCUCUCCUCUCUUCUGGAAGAAAAUAACUUAUCUCAACACCAUAAAAGAUGUGAGAUCAUCAGAUGUCACCUACUCUGA